GUUCUGCUGCAAUGUACCAGGCAUUUACCAGUUCUGGGGAGAUGAACAUCUCGUCCUGCCCCAUCACCUAUUUUGGACAGAAAUAUGAGAAAGUCUAUGUUGAACAAGUUGAACUUGGCAACUUCGGGGCUCAAGCAAUUCUGGCGAUCAAGACAUAUUCAGGCUACACACACACUGAAGUGGAGGCAGAUUCACAAGUCAACAGCCAAACAGUUUCCAAGCUGAAAUUUCAGAUAUCUGAAACAAAUGCUGGUGUCAUCGCAGAUGUGAGCGGAUGUGUUGUUUAUAAGACAAAUACAACAACAUAUGACCAAGACACCUGCUCUGCUAUAAUCUGCGAUGUGUAUGGAGUUGCAAGAGUAGUCAGCGAUUGUGGUCCCAAGGAGCAUUGCCAGGGCGAUGGGAGUUGUGCCCCGAGCAAUGUGUGCACUGUGGCCGGCUCUACCAUCAUCGAUAUUAAUGGCAAAGUUCACACUGUCCCGGACAGGUGUGGGUACACUCUGCUGAGCCCCGGGUCAAUCCCAGGGCUCAAGGUGUAUGGGGUAUUCCAGGAAAGACGCCGCAGAGAUGUCAGUUUUUACAAUGUGGUACUACGUCUGGAUGGGGCAGGUGUUAAGGUUUCUCUGGAACAAGGUGGCAGAGUUAAGCUGAAUGGUGAUGUGUUGAAGCUCAAUGCCACAGCUCAGGUGUUCAGCGGUGUCAAGCUCUCAAAGGACAAAACAGGAGUGACUGCUAAAAUAUCAACCUCCAACGGUGCGGUUUCUGUCUUCUUUGAUGGCGACAAAGCACUCAUCCAACUGUCAGGAACUGUCCAAGGUUUGUGUGGAGGAUCCAGCAAGUCUUUCAGCGGAGAAAAGGUUGCUGAAUACAGUUCCGCCGGGUGUGAUGUACCACAUGAUGACACUGCUAACAGUACUAUAAACUGUGACACCCAAGCUAAAUGGUGCAAUCUCCUGAAGCAGGCUCCUUUCACUGCUUGUCACAACCUCAUCAGCCCAGAGCCCUUCGUAACUGCCUGCACAAACACUUUAUGCAAAUACCCUGCAGUGGACGAUAUCAAAUGCAAGCUACUGGAGACCUACACCAUAGUCUGCAGCAAACAAGGAAAUGUGAAGGUGGAGGACUGGAGGACAAAGACCAGCUGCUAUGCUCAGAACUCCUGCCAGGAUAAAUUCUGCAGUGAUCACGAGUUCUGUGGUCAGAAGUUCUAUGGCGGGGAACCUCGCUGCUUUUGUCGCGCCAUAUUUGCUUCCAAGUACAGAUCAAAAAGCAGUUACGGUGAGCCAACUGCCUGCGAGCACAGUUCAGCUGCGGUAACGCUGGCUAAUUGUCUCUUGGAAGAGGAGGGCAUCGAUUACUCUGCCUUACACCUCAAUGACCAGACCUGCAAAGGGGAAAUGAAGGACGACACCCACAUGGUGACGUUCAAGUUUGACAGCAGCAGAACUUGUGGUACAGUGGUCAAGGCAAAUGACAGCAAAAUUAUCUACAAGAACACCAUCACGACACAGAACAACUCCAUAGUUGGCCAUAUCUACCGUCACGACCGAGUGCAUAUCGACUUCUCCUGUUUUUACAAUCAGCCAGAUAUCAAGAGCUUAGCCAUCAAAGUCAAACAGAGCUCUGUGGACCAGCAGAUUACUUCUGGAGCAUGGAUUUACAAUCUGACAAUGAAGGCCUAUACAGAUCCUCUACUUUUGGGAACCAUCGAAUCAAGUACCAAUAUCCGAAUGAAUGAGAGAAUCUGGGUGGCGCUUAAGACAGAAGGGCUGGAUGAAAACGCAGUCCAAUUUGUCACUGAAUCCUGCUGGGCUACAAAUGAGCCGUCGCCAAGUGGAAAUCUGAGAUAUGACCUAAUCAUCAAAGGCUGCCCUAAUCCUGCUGAUGACACGGUGACAAUAGAGAACAAUGGAAGGGGGCCGUAUAACGUGUUCUCUUUCAAAACGUUCCAGUUCACUGACCUGACUGGUGACGUCUACUUGCACUGCAAAGUACAGCUUUGUGUCAUGCAGGGAGGCAACUGUGUACCGAAAUGCGGACAGGCCGGGAGAUGGCGCAGAUCUAUCAUGUCAAGUUAUGAGGAUGAGAACCCUGCCUUAAUCACCAUGGCCUGGUCUUAUUAG